AUUAACCGUGCUUGGAGGUAAGAGAUAACAGAACAUAAUAUUGUCGUUUAUGUUUUAUCUCUUAUAAAUUAUGGUACUUAUUUUACGGCUCCUUGAACCUGUUGGUUUGUUUACUGUUUAAUGUUUACCGUUUUCAUUUGAAAUUCAACCAUUGGACUGGCUAGUCGUUGUUGUUACCGAUUCGGACGUGCGCUUGCUUUUAACCGACUACUGUUGUUUACUAAAUACCGAUUUGUAUAAUCUAAAGAAUUAGUACUUUCCGAUAAUAUAUCAUAUUAUAUUAAAACGAGUAUUGUGGAUACCGACAUCAAUCGUUGGUGAUUAUUUUAUCGCGUUCGGUCUUUUUGUUCGUUUAAAUUAAACAGUGUUAUUGUCAUUGUUAUCCCAACGCGUAUCGCUGUUCUUUUGUCGUAAUCGAACUGUGCAUCGAUUAUUAACGAUGGACAACCAAAGAGCAACGUCAAGUUCGACAUUUCAACCGCAACAGACUGCACAACCGUCAGUCGAAUCACUACUGUUCAACGAUAUUAUUGAAGAGAAGAGUCAAAUUUUAAGUGAUUUGAUGAAUCAAUUUUUACAAGUACAGCCUUUCAGUAAAUUUGAAUCGGAAUUCAAUUUAUUUAUAAGGCACAUUAAACACAUCACAAGGGAUGAACAGCGCAAAGGCACAUACCGUCACCCAAUACAGAUACCUUCGGAUAAAGACACUCUGACUGAAAAUGAUGUGUCACAGGAAAACAAUCGGCAACAUAUUGAAUCCUUCAAUUUAUUUCAACGACCAACGACUAUCAAACAUAAACCUAAAACAACAUUGACUCAUAAUGACCAAUUGAAGAAUAUUCCUUGUACAUCUAAUAACUCAUGUGAUACAAUUAUUGAAGAAAGCAUAAUCAAUAAUAGUUCUGCUCAUGAAAAUCCUCAACAAUCAAAAUUCCUGCCACCAACUGCGCCAAUACCAUACUCAAAGUCAUUUCAAAUUAACGAUGCAUUGCCCACCACAUCCAAUAUAGCUAAUGCUGAUGAUGUCAUGGAAUCUGAUGCUGAAGUAUUAGAAUCUUUUAAGACACCAAGCAACAGUGACAAUACCAGCACAUCUCAACUUAAUCAAGAUCAGUCUAAUUGUUCUGAAAGAAGCGAUGAAAAAAUUAAAGUCAAGAACUUAACCAACUGGUCGGUAAAUUUGAAGGAAAUUAAAUCAAAUAAGGGCAAUUCAAAACCAGUCAUCACAUUAACAGGUACUUUAUUAGCAAGAGAUCAAAUCACGGAGUUGAAGAAAGUUCAUAAAGCUGGUGUUUUGGUAGCUCGAAAAGCAAAAAAUAUUAUCAAAACAGAUAAAGGAUUUUACCAUCUAAUUGGUUCAAUUGCUGAAGGAUCUCCACCUAAUUUACUUCGUGCAUGUAUAGAAACAAAUGGUAUUCCAAAGACCUGGAGAAGUAUUUUAACGCAUUUGACAACAAAAGUUGAAGUAAAUCUCAAUGAAAGUGUGACUAGAAAAGGCACAAUCUAUAACAAGGAAAAAAAAGCUAGUCAUAAUGUUCCUGAAACAGAAGAGUUUUCUGAAGAAGAUUUACCUCGUGAUUUACUCAAUGGUCUCAAUGACAGUGAUUUUCGUCGACAAUUGUUACAACUAUCAUCACCGAAAACAACAUCAUUUGGAGGAUGUAAAACUCCUAGUCAACUUUUGAAGCAUAAAUUUCAUCGAAAGUUUGUUAAAGCUUGCUUAAUCAUUGGCAGUCUAGAAGAUUCAGGUACAUAUUAAUCACUUAUUUUUUAACAAAAAAACAUAUUAUUUACUUAGAAAUGGCUAUUUUUUUUUUUUUAAUUUGAAUAAAGGAGAUUAUACAUAGGUAUUAUAUACAACAAAUAAUACCUAUUUAUAAGUACAUUUUUUCUGACUUUACUCCUUUUAUUAAACGUUACACAACCAAUCUAUGGUCUUCAUGCUGGAAUAAUUUACCUGGUAACUUUGCGUCAAGGUAUAGAGACAUUACUCCUAAUAUUCUUAGCAAUAUCUGGUUCAGCAAGUUAGACCUACACAGGUCACAUAUUAUUCAAUUUAACAGAUUACGUAUUGGACAUUCUCUAUUACCCAAUCAUUCGUUCAAACUCGGCUUA